UCAAGUCCGUCAGUGAAGUGUGUCCGGAUUGAAGCUCCAAAAACAUGUGGGAAAGGACUUCAGCUCGUCAAUAAAUUAGAACAGGAAGGAGAAAAACAUGUAGACAAGACCAGAGAUCAGGGCUCAAGAAAAUAACCUUUUUGUAUUCAUUUUGCAUAGUUUAUAACGUUGUUCUAGGGGUUCCACGUGCUGUGGGGUGCAGUAUCGUAUGUACUAGAUGUUGCAGGCUGCUGGAGAUCAGCAUUAGAGAUUAUUGUUUUUAAUUUAGAGAUUAAGAAAGACAUGAGUCUGUUACCAAGGACAGCGGAGGAGUUCAGCUCUGCAGAUUAUUGGGAGCGAUUUUUCCGCAAACGAGGAGAGAAAGCUUUUGAGUGGUAUGGAGACUACAACUCGCUGUGUGGCGUGCUGCACAAAUACAUUAAACCCCGGGAGAAGGUUUUAGUGGUGGGCUGUGGAAACUCGGAGCUAAGUGAACAGCUUUACGAUGUCGGCUACCAUCACUUAACCAACAUCGACAUUAGCGAGACAGUCGUCGCUCACAUGAACCAGCGAAACGUACAGCGCCGUCCUGACCUCACCUUCCAUCAGGUAGAUGCCACUCAGACAGGUUAUGAGAGCAACAGCUUCCAGGCUUGCCUGGAUAAGGGAACUCUAGAUGCCAUGGCUUCGGAGGAGGAAGGUGUCGUGGCGAGCAAAAUGCUGGCUGAGGUGGGGCGGGUUCUGGCUGUGGGUGGCCGCUACGUUUGUGUGACUCUCGCCCAGGAGCAUGUGAUAAAACUAGCAACGGAGCAUUUUGCCGAAGCUGGCUUUGCCAUACGUAUCCACAGCCUGAGCCAGCAGAACCCAGACUCAGAUUCCUCCUCGUUUGCUCUACCUGUUUUCGUUCUCGUCUGCACCAAGUUCCGCCAGCCACCUCCAUUCAAAGUCCUGGAGAUGUGCCAGGGGGAGGACGGCGCCCCGUGUCGAAUAGGAUCAGUUCCUGAGCUAUUAGCUGCAGUAAAAGAACGGCAGGCAUAUGCACUCAUGCUCCAGAAGCUGAGGGGUGCCACAGACACUGCUAGCACACCCUCCCUCACACUGUGCCACACAGCCACAGGCCGUCCCCGUUACACACUCACUGUGCAGGACAGUCCACCUUCUGCCAAAGUCCCCCGUACCAACCACUUCGCUAUCUUUAUUGUUCCUCAGGGUCGAGAAUCCGAUUGGCUGUACGGUUCUGCCGAGGGUCGCACUCAGCUGGCCGCCAGCGCAAACUUCCGCCGUUUGAUCAUUGCUGCAAUGCAUCGAGACCAGGAAUAUAAAGACAUGCAAGCUGUCCAGUCCGAGCUCUCUCCCAUGGUGAUGGAGCUAGCUCCUCCUGGAAUGCCAGCCAACCAUCAGGUGCCGUUCUUGUCUGUAGGAGGUGACCUGGGCUGGAGGGAGGUGGUGGGCCGAGGUGUCAGUGGCCUAACGGGCGAGUAUUCGGUUGAAGAUGUCCGCGGAGAGGACGGUCACGUCUAUCGUAGAUUAAUCUUCAUGAACAACACUCAGCUGGUGCAGUCUGAAAGCCGCCUGCGAGCCAACUCUACAACUGGUCCUGCUCAGAAAAAGAAGAACAAAAGGAAAACAAAACCCCCUCCUGCUGCUGCUGCAGCUGAACCUCCAGGUUCAGCCAACAAAAAUCACACAGUAGAUCGAGGAUUUCUCUGUUGUACUCAUCACGAGGUGAUGAUCGCAGGCUUUGCCGUGCUGGGAAAGGAGGCCAUCGGUAAUAAAGAUGGUCAGGUGUCAGUGUUGGUGGUGGGGCUGGGCGGCGGAGGUCUGCCACAGUUCAUACGGGACUUUGUGCCCGGUGUGCGGGUGGAUGUCGUGGAACUCGACCCAGCCGUACUGGAGGUAGCAAAGACCUGGUUUGGGUUCCAGAAUGAUGACAGGCUGAAGGUCAUACUGGGAGAUGGUCUUGAACACAUCAGCAUGUUGGAGAGCAAGGGAGGACAUUCCUAUGAUGUCAUCAUUUUCGAUGUUGACAGCAAGGACCGCUCCCUGGGCAUGAGCUGCCCUCCGCCGGCGUUUGUAGAAACCCCCCUAUUGGAGAAAGUCUGCAAGUUGUUGACUCCUCGGGGAGUGUUUAUGUUAAACUUGGUGUGUCGUGACUCAGCUCUGAGGCAGUCAGUGUUGGAGCGUUUACAGGCCAUUUUCCCGAGUGUGCUCUCUCGCCCUAUUGAGGGUGAAGUGAACGAGGUGCUGCUGUGUUCCCAUGGUGGAGUGGUACAAGACAAACCAAAAACCAUCCCACAAGAGCUGCAGCAGGCUGCUAAAAACCUACAGGUGGCGCUGAAGAGCCAUAAGCAGAAUGCUGCUUUUAACCCUCAAAUAGACAUUACUGCAAUGCUGAAAGACCUGCGAGUAGCUUGAACUGUGUCAGGAUGUGUGUCAGAAUGUGGCACAGAAGUUCCCAUUUCAAUAUAACUGUAAUUUUUUUUAAGAAAUUGAAAUCAGCUACCUUUACAACCAAAAGUAGAUGAUUUUUGAUUGUUGAAACUAUGGCGUUAACAACAACAUUGGCUCUUUACAUCUUGUCUUGUGCCUGAUUUUUUUCAGUGCAGUUUGUAAUGCUUAAUUCAUCCUAAGAAAUGAGCUCCUCAGCACCUACCCCUUUUUCUUUAAAAGGAAAUUCAUGAAUCAGUUGUUGUUUCAGAGGGAAUGGGUCAGUUUUUUACAUCUUUGAUGUAAAAAAAAAUACAUAUAUAUAAAAAUUUCAUUGCAAUAUUGAUCUAAAAAUAUGACAGAAUGGUGCGAAAAACAAAAAAUAUCGUCAUGAGCAGAGGAACAUAUGAAACUAUAAGCUGAAUCAGAAUCAAACCAAGUAACCGUGUUCAGGGUUAUACAAAACACCUGUUUGGAUCGUACACUAAUGUAGGUGUAACAUGUUUUUGUACCAUUUUGUGUAAACUCUAGAGACAGUUGUGUGAAAAAUCCCCAAAGAUAAGCGCCUUCUAAAAUACUCCACCUAACCUAUCUGCAACAACUAUGGUAUGAUUAAAGUCAGAGAUCACACUUUUUCUUUUCUUCUGUGUGUUUGAUGUGUACAUUAAUGCAAGCUCUUGAACUGUUUCUGCAUGAUUUCAUGCCUUUUGCUUCGGCCACAUGAUUGACUGAUUAGAUAACUCCAGGUGUUCCUGUGGCAGGUGGACGGAGAUUGUGCGUGAUACAGUAAUGGAAAAAGUUCCACUGCGUUAUUUUAAUUCUGUAAUAAUGAUAUGUACCGAAAAUGUGUUAACGUACACUGAUCAAGCAUAACAUUAUGACCACCUGCAUAAUAUUCUGUUGGUCCUGCUUGGUUUGGCCAAAACAGCCCUGACCUGUCGAGGCAUGGACUCCACUAGAUCCCUGAAGGUAUGCUGUGGUAUCUGAUCACCAAGUUGUUAGCAGCAGAUCCUUUUAAUCUGAGACCCCACCUCGCAACUUACAGCACUUAAAGGAUACUUACAGGACAUAAAGGACACUUUUGAUAGAUACUGACCACUGCAGACCGGGAACACCCCACAAGAGCUGCAUUUUUGGAGAUGCUCUGAUCCAGUGGUCUAGCCAUCACAAUUUGGCCCUUGUCAAACUCUCUCAAAUCCUUACGCUUGUCCAUUUUUCCUGCUUCUAACGCAUCAACUUUGAGGACAAAAUGUUCACUUGCUCCCUAAUAUAUCCCACCCACUAACAGGAGCCAUGAUGAGGAGAUCAUCAGUCUGAUUCACUUCAUCUCUCACUACUCAUAAUGUUAUGCCUGAUCGGUGCAUGUACCACAAUAAUACAUAAGAAUACAUAAAACUAAAGAAAUAGACAUUUAUUUUUAAUAAUUGGAUUAAAAAUAAACAAAACA